CUCCAACGCCGCAUUAACUUCGUUAACGUUUCUCGUGCGAAUCAGAAUCAAACGAUAACCUAUAGACACUCCGACGUGUUCUCCGCGAGUCACAGUAUACACCAAUUAGGUACCUACCUAAACCACUGCACUUAUACAUUACGGUUGUCGUUAAAAGUGAAUUUGUCACAAACUUACAAUGGGUCAAUACGACCAACCUCACUCAUACGUUUGGCCUGCAGACUACAACUGGAUGAAACCACAGCAACAUGCUGAAGUUUCAACAGUAAGCCAAGUAAACUUUCCAGUGUCAUCAACAGAAGUACUGGUGCCAUGGCUAUUAUCUAUGUGGAUGAUGGGAAACAAAACUCCUACAGACUACCCUAAACGCAAAAUUGUGAAAAAACCAUACAGAAAAGGCCGAAAUGAAAACACGGGAUUUAAAGAUCGUUUUACAUGGGGACAAAUAGAUUUAGAAUAUCCCGAUCAAGAUACAAGACAGAUGGCUAUUAAUAACGGCGCAUUUAUACCAGUUAACAACCUUCUGUUGGGGCUAGAAGUAUGGAAAAACAAAAUGUUUUUAAGCCUACCACAAUGGAGACCGGGAAUACCAGUAACGCUAGCGUAUGUGAAUUUGAACAGUCACACCAAGUCUCCAAUACUGAAACCAUAUCCCUCGUGGAACUGGUACGCUAGUAAUAUGAACCGCUGUCAUGGUUUGGUAUCCGUGUUCCGAAUGGAAGUGGACAAGUGUGACAGAUUGUGGGUGUUGGACACAGGCGCCAUAAACUUGGCAACUAAGGUCGAUCAAAUUUGUCCGGUCAAGCUAGAUGUAUUUGAUUUGAAAACCGACAUGCACAUUAAGCGUUUUAUUAUCCCAACAAAUCAAACGUUAAAAGAUUCGCUGUUCACAAACAUUGUUGUCGAGAUUCUCAACAAUAAUUGCGAAGACGCAUAUGCUUAUAUGUCUGAUGUAUUUCAAUACGGAUUGGUCGUUUACAGCUAUAAAGAGGACGUCUCUCGACGGAUCAACCAUCCGUAUUUUUAUCCGGAUCCGCUGUACUGCCAUUACAGCAUGGAUGGCAUAAAGUUCAACUGGAUGGACGGCAUUUUUGGCAUGUGCCUAUCGCCGGACGGCGGUGUCGGGCAGCGGGUGCUCUACUUCCAUUCGCUAUCCAGCCACAAUGAGUUCUACGUGCCCACCGCGUCGCUGCGCAAUGGUACGCUCGGCGAGGGCGACAUCAUCGAGCACUUCUUCGCGCUCAACGAAUCGCGGUGCGCGCGCCACCAGUCGUGCCAGUCGUCCGGCAUGGCGGUGGACGCGAAGGGCGUCAUGUACUACAACCUGGUGACCUCGGGCAAAGUGGGCUGCUGGGACACCGGACGUCCGUUCGGGUCGGUCACGCAGGGCCUGUUGUCCAGCGGCCCAACGCCGCUCAGCUUCCCCAACGACCUCAAGGUAGACAAGGAGCCCGCGCAAAGGGUAUGGAUGCUCAGCAACGGGCUGCACAAGUAUUUGUACGGCAAACCGGACCCGAAGCAGGUCAACUACCGGAUAAUGGUGGCGCACACGGACGAUGUUGUCAAAGGUACGGUUUGCGAAUCCAACUGACCACUCAAUAUAAUAUAAUAUAAUAUUCCUUAAGCAAUACAAGACUUGAAAAAACGGUUAAAACAAAAAUCGAGAUAAAACGAAUACUA